CCAUAGAAAUUUUACAGUACAAGUUCUUAUUUAAUUCCGUUUAAUUGACAUUAUUAAAAAACAAACAAAAGACAGAGCUGAGUGGAUUCGCAAGUCCAAAUUCGUUUAGUCGGUGUUUUUUACCAUCGAAAAUCCGAUUUUCCACAGAAAAUUCGUUGGAAACAGAGAAAAUAAAAAUAAAUCUGUUUUUAAACUGAUUAUGAAUAUUUUAUUUAAAGUGAAUAUAAUAGAAUUUUUAAUGAUUAACUAAUAAAGGCACAUCGUCGUGUGGGAUGUAAACGACUUGGUCGAAACAGCGGAUCGGUAAACGGUAGAUAAUAAUAAUAACAUCAUCAACAACAAUAAUAAUAACGAUUAUUAACGCCGUAAACGUUGUCUGAAGCCGUCUAGUGGGUCUGCUCCGACCGACGACCGCUAGUAGCGCCACCGUCGACGACUCGGUUGAAAUUGUUCACUAUCGUCGAAUAUACCGAAGGAGCGACUCCAGUCCGGUGUCCGUCGUCCAGCUGUUCACUGUUUUGUUGUACGAGUGUGUCACUGAUUGUCGCCGAAUACUCGUGCGAUACCUAAUUUUACGAAUUUAUCUGUACCAUUUAAUUAUAUUGUUUGUGGUGCGCCGCGGCAUUAAGUGUUGUUCGCCCUUAUGACCGUCUCAGGAGGAAACAAACGGUAACCGUAAGAUUUACAUAGCGAGUGUUUUGUGAUUCUGUGCCAGUGCGGGAGUGUCAAGUGCGAUGGCGUUAAACGCCACGACGUGCUACAACAAGUCUGCCAGCUACGACCCGUACCCCAGUCCCGGAGCGACUCCAUCGGUCGUAGCCUCCUCGGGCUCGUACCGCGCAAAGGAUUUCCAUGUGCCCCUUCAUGUGGAUUGCAGCGUCGAGUACGAAAUGCCCAGUUCGGCCAAACCACCGACCGGCGGCAAGAUCGAACCGUUGCUCAUGAUCCACCCGUCGUACUACCGCAAAGCCGAAAGCCGCACGCGACCGCUGUUCGUCAACAAUAUGCCGACCGCCGCUACGGUGUCGUCUUCGUCCGGUAGUCGCAGGAUGGCCGCAAGAUCGGUACCUUCCGGUGGUGCGGAUACAACGUCCAUCGACGGUCCACCGCCGGCCAAAAAACCCUAUGCCGGGCCCGCUCCAGGCGUGACCGCUUCGACUGCGUAUGGUAUGGUUGCUGGAGCCGUGGCCGCGGCCGCGGGUGCAUCCCAGUGGCCUCCGUUGGGUUCCAGCGCCGAACUCCAACACCACGACGGCAAACGUACGCUGGAUAUGGUACAACAACAAUAUCAGCAACACCUGCCGGCUAGCCUACCGCCGCCGAUGAUGACGGCUGCCUUACCAACGGAUAAAACUCACUUGACCGUUUCAAAAGGGUGUUCUUGUUGCCAAGUCAAACUAAAACGUAAAACCCAACAACAGCCGCAACCUCAACACCUGCAAAUGUCUCAACUUCAACAACAACAAUCUCAUAUCCAACAACAACAACAACAACAACAACAACAGCACCACCACCAUCACCACCACCACCACCAACAUCAACAACAGCAAUUGCAGCAGCAACAACAUCUCCAUUAUCACCAACAACAGCAGCAGCAGCAGCACCAGCAACACCUCCAUCAAAACCACUACCAGCAACACCACCAACAAGAAUAUAACAACAACAAAAGGAUGAACGACCAGCAACAGCAGCUACCUCUACCUCAGACGGCCGUGGCCGCUCCUACGCCCGCUCUCUGGGGCUUCAACGGCACCAUCGCGGCCGUUCUCCGUAGCGACUACGGUGGCAAACCGGCCAAAACGUUGGGCCGCAUUACCGAACCCAUUAACAAUAUAUUGACGCCGACGUACAUGUUCUGAACGACGGGACGGCCACGGAGGACACACGCUGCGGCGGAAGAAGGCACGGCCGCCCCGGCCCGAGCGAGACUUGCACGCGGUUGAUACCCCGGGGGCUGCGAUGUAGGGGUUGUAUACGGGUUGUUGUUAAAUGAGGAUUUAUUAUUAUUGUACUAUUGUGUUUUAAAUUAGUUGAUAAACUCCACUAAGCACGAGAAGUAGUCUCGUAUUGUUAAUUUGUGAUAGAAAAACAAAAGAAAAAAAAAAAACUUUGGAUUUGCACGUUUAAUACUCAACCAUAAAAAAUGAUUUACAUGUAUUUAUAGUUAUUAUAAAAUAUAUGUUGGUGUUGACUCGUCGUGAAAAAUUGCCUGUUGUAUAAAUACGCGUUUCGGCAAUUUUUUUUUUUAUUGUAAAAAACGUGAGUAAUACUCGACGGCCAUUUUUUUUGUAUUCGGCAAACAUUUUAUUCGUUACCUUUGAUUAUAUUUGUCGGGUAUAAUUUCGUUUUAUUAUCGAUCUGCUCGAAACACCACACUGUUAACGUGAAUCGAGAUAAGUUGGAUAUAAAAAAAAAAAAAAAACAGAAA